AUGGGUGCUAAAUUAGGUAAAAACACACAUACAACAAUCUCGAAAAAAUUAAGUGGACAAGAAAAAGAAGCAACUACAGUUUCAAACAAUCAUUAUCUUAAGAAAGCAUCAACACUUGAAAGAAAAACAAAAAAGAAGGAACAUGUUUCAAAUAAAAAAUCAGCCGAUGCAGUGAUGGACAAAUAUACAAGCACAGACGGUGAUAUAAUACCAUCAUCAGCAUAUAUUAGAAAACUUGUUAUUGGUCCUGGAUGUAAUCUAUCCUAUGAUUCUCUUAAUGGUCUAACAACUUCACGUCGUCAAUCCGAUGCACCAAGUAAAGAUGUACUAGAAUUUCGAGAUGCAUGUAUUCGACGUGGUAUUAUUUCACGGGAUACAGCUUGUUCUAUUAUAUCAACUUGUAAUGAAGAAGAAAAUCAAGUGGAUACGGUUGAACAAUCUACAAAUGAGAGAAUAACAACAACAAUAACGGUCGUUCCCAAUAGUAAACACGAAACUGAAAGUGAACAACAAGAUGAAUUACAAGCAAGUAAUGAAUGGUAA